AUGACUCUCGUUUUCCAGUCGUCUUAUAUGUUUGAAGGCAUGGUGGAGUUCAUUAUCAUGAUCCGGGGCUGCAUGGCAGUUUCCGACGCGAUCCUUCCACGCUUAGAGAAUUCUCUGUUUGAAGGCUUUACCGCUGAGAGUCACAACAAGCACGUCUUAUCACUUAACCCUGUAGAUGUUGUUGAAGAAAUAGCCGAUAUCCUACGUGACGGGUUGGUCUCAGUCAGGCGCCUGAGGCUGAUUUGUCAGAGCGUUAUAGAAGUCAAAUACCUCGGUAUUCUGGAAAGGAUUUUGGAAAUCGCAAAAAGUUCGCCCGUACAAGCAUUUACGGAAGCCGCCCGGGUGUACGCGAUGUUUGGCGAGCUGGCACAGGACGAGUUCAAGCAUUUCACCGACCGAAGAAAUUAUACUGCACAAAUCAUUAUAGCCCACUUUUUCAUCAUCGAGUACAUUGUCGCGACUGUCGCGAUGGCGUCAAUUAUGGGAUCUUUUCCCUUUCGGAGGGUUAUUGUUUCGGCAUGGGCUUUGGAAGUCGCAGAAAAUGUGCCCUCUAACUACGAUGUAUAUAUGAGCUGGCCGCUGGAGUUUGCAAAAUCUGACCGCCUGAGACUCAAAUCUGGCUGA